AUGGAGUCGAUAAUUAUAGUUGGUGCCGGUACUUUUGGGCUUUCCACAGCCUUACAGCUUGCCAGAGAUGGAUACAAGAACAUAAAAUGUUUUGACAAGUUUCCGGUUCCAUCUGAGAUAGCUGCUGGAAACGACAGUAACAAGAUUUUUCACUACGAUUAUGUUGCUCCCCUGGCUAAACCCAAUUCAAAAGAACGGUUGAGUCUCGAAGCAUUACACCUUUGGAAGACAGAUCCGGUGUACAAACCGUACUAUCAUCCGGUAGGAUUUAUCCUGGCUGCAAGUUCCGAUGCUCCAUUACUGCAUGAUAAGGAAUACUAUGAAGAGUUGCAAAAAAACGGACUUCGCAAUUAUCGUUAUAUUUCAACUCCCGAGGAGUUUCGUGAGUAUUUGCCCAUUUUAAAGGGCCCGUUACCCAACUGGAGAGGAUAUGUUCUCGACGGAGAUAACGGAUGGUUGCAUGCUCGAGACUCAUUGAAAAGUGCAUACGAAGAAUGCAAACGAUUGGGAGUGGAAUUUGUGUUUGGAGACGAUGGGGAAAUUGUCGAAUUACUUAACGAAAAUGGAAAGUUGACGGGAAUUAGGGCCAGAUCUGGUGCCAUAUUCUCGGCACAAAAAUAUGUUCUCAGCUCUGGUGCAAAUGCAGUAACGUUGUUAAAUUUCCAGAGACAGCUAGAAGGUAAAUGUUUCACUUUGGCACAUUUCAAAGUGACGGAUGAAGAAGCUAAAGCAUUUAAAAGCUUGCCGGUCCUUUUCAAUGCCGAAAAAGGGUUUUUUUUCGAGGCUGAUGAAAAUAACGAAAUCAAAAUUUGCAACGAGUACCCUGGAUUUACCCACACAAAUGAAUCCGGAGAGUCUAUCCCACUCUACCGGAUGGAGAUUCCACUCGAGUCAGCACUUGAAAUUAGACAAUACUUGAAAGAAACCAUGCCUCAGUUUGCUGAUAGACCUUUCACCAAGACAAGAAUUUGUUGGUGUACCGACUCUCCCGACAUGCAAUUGAUCUUGUGUACUCACCCAGAAUACACCAACCUUAUUGUAGCAUCGGGUGACUCUGGAAAUUCGUUCAAGAUCAUGCCAAUCAUUGGCAAAUAUGUCAGCAAGGUUGUUACCAAAGGUGAUAAAGGAUUGGAUCCGGAAGAUAAAGAAUGCUGGAAAUGGCGUCCUGAGACUUGGGACAAGCGGGGGCAGGUCCGCUGGGGUGGUCGAUACCGUGUUGCGGAUUUGAACGAAAUUGAAGAAUGGGUUUCUGUUGAAAAUCCCACACCACACAAACUAGAAUAA